GAAUCGGCAAAAGCGCGCCAGGCUAGGCCGCGCGCCCAUUGCCGUGCGGCCGGGCGGUGGCAUGGCCCGAGUGUUUCUGCUUUUCCCGCACGGUGGCGCCGGCGACUGUGAUAGCCCGCCGAGAGUGAGCAAGCGCGCCGCGCUUGCUCACUCGCGGCCCAAGCGCGGCAGAAUGGUUUGCCCACAAGCGAGGCAGGCCGAAUGGUUUGCCCACAAGCGAGGCAGCGCGCGCAAAAUGGCGCACUUUUGGAAGCAGAUGCGAAGCGGAGCAGGCGGCGACGUGGAUCAGGCCGAAGCCGAUUGCGGAAAGUGUUACUUAGUUGGAGGGGCCGCGGGCUUACCUUUGCGGCCGAGGAGGGCGACAACCCAUGGGCCCCAGCCUCCGGCCUGUUGCCCCCGCGGGCGGUUGUUUGUGGCCUGCCUGCCGUAGUGCCCCCCGGCGUCGGGGCGGCCGCGAUCGUUUCAAUGAAUCUCUCCGGCCCCCACAGACGCAAAUGGCCCACCUUGCGCCCGGUCCUGGCGAAUACCUCACGCAGCGCAGGCGCGCCUCCUUGGAACAACUGCAGGGGGCGGAAGCCUAUACAAACGACGGCGGUGCGGAGGCGGCGCAGUUCCAGAGAUUGAGGGCCAGGCUCUGUGAUUUCCCCCACUCCCCGCUCGCGAGCCUAAUGCUGAGCUUUCCCGAUCCCGAAGAGCUUGACGUCGCGCAGUUCGACGACCAGUUCGCGACAAUGGCGAACGUGGCCACCUAUGCGGCUGAUUUCGUCCAUCUUGAGCAUGCCGCCGGUCGUUCCCCCGUCCGUGACCCGCCGGCAUGGGGCGCGGCGCGCGGCGUUGGUUCGGCGCCGGCCAAACGGACGACGGGCAGGCAGCCAGGUCGCGGGGUGCCGCAACGCCUGGCGCGAUGUCCACGCGGGCCCCCAGGGUCUGCAGGCUGGGGACCUUGUCGCGCCCAGCACGAGGCCGAUUGCCUUCUUGGGGACCCCUGCCUGGCAAGGUGAUCCGUUUGAGCAGGUCCGCGCCCUCUGAUCGUGUGGCGGGUCUGGCCUUCUGGCACCAGCCCCCUGCGGGUUUCUCGAUAGCGUGCGCCGCGCGCGCCCGUGCAAUAUGGUGGGCGUCGCUUUUCAACGCCGAGCGGUGGCGUUCGUUGCUCUCGUUUUCGGUUACUCAACCUGCUGCGCGGGUAGGGUUUGUUAGGCGUGGGCGUUUCCUGCCAUAUCGGCGACUCGGGCGGCCGCCGGUCGCCGACCCUCCCGGCGGGCCGCUUGCGCGGCUCUUUUGUUUUGGCGCUGCCAUAGGUUGGCCGCCGCGCGCGCCCGCCCAUUGCAGGUCGCGCGCCCGGGCCAGGGCCGUGUGUGUUAGUUGCCUGCGUGCCAUUAUGCGUGUGGGCUUGUUGCUGACCUUUACCUUUUAGGAUGACCCUCGUUGGCCGUUGAGUAU